UCAGUACAAGGGAGAUCUCGGGACAGUUUGGGUGGCCUUGGUAGAGCCUGUGGAAAAAGCUUCCAGACUGUCUAACUGCCUAUUCUAUCCUUAAAGAGGAAUAGUCUGUGAAGGAGGACAUGUAACCUGGAGAAGAGGUAAUCAAAAUUUUAAUAGUUGUUACCAAUUCUCAACCUAGCAAGGUGGCCUGAACGUCUUAAGCUGAAGUGUUGCAGAUUUGUUCCACGCUUGCUUUUGCUAAAUCUGCCACUUACUCCAUUGUUUAUAGUGAUGCUACAGGACAAAGGGGAAUGGAUAAAAACAUUGGCGAACAGCUCAAUAAAGCUUAUGAAGCCUUCCGACAGGCGUGCAUGGAUAGAGAUUCUGCAGUAAAAGAACUACAGCAAAAGCAGACUGAGAACUAUGAGCAGAGAAUACGUGAGCAACAGGAACAGCUGUCACUUCAACAAACUAUUAUUGACAACCUAAAAUCACAGUUACUUCUUGUGAAUUCCAGUCGAGAUGACAGUUAUGGCUAUGUUCCCCUGGCUGAAGACAGUGAAACAAGGAAGAAUAAUUUGACUCUUGAUCAGCCACAUGAUAAAGUGAAAUCAGGAAUACCAAGAGAAAAGCAAACAAAGGUAAGAAGACAAGUUUCUUCUCCUAGAAAAGAAACUUCACCAACUAGUGUUGGCAUUCCUUUACUAGAUGAAAGGGGUAAUAUAGAGAAGAUUUUCUGGGAUCUAAAAGAAGAAUUUCAUAGAAUAUGCAUGCUAGCAAAAGCACAAAAAGACCAUUUAAGCAAACUUAAUAUACCAAACAGUGUAACUGCCCCUGCAGAAACACAAUGCUCUGUGCCUAUACAGUGUACGGACAAAACAGAUAAACAAGCACUGUUUAAGCCUCAAGCAAAAGAUACUAAUAAAAGUGCAUCAUGCAUCACAUCUGUCACACCAAGAGGACUUGGCCGAGAUGAGGAAGACACUUCUUUUGAAUCACUUUCUAAAUUCAAUGUCAAGUUUCCACCUAUGGACAGUGACUCUACUUUCUUACAUAGUACUCCAGAGAGACCCAACAUCCUUGGUCCUGCCACAUCUGAGGCACUGAGCCAGGACAAAUUUAAUAUGGAGCUCAGAGACAACACAGGAAACUUUGUUAAUGCAGAAGAAACUUUAUUUGAAAUUCAGGGAAUUGACCCCAUAGCUUCAGCUAUACAAAACCUUAAAACAACUGACACAACAAAACCCUCACAUCUUGUAAACACUUGUAUCAGGACAACUCUGGAAAGAGCUGCGUGUUUGCCACCUGGAGACCAUAAUGCGCUGUAUGUAAAUAAAUUUCCACUUCAGGACCCAUCUGAUUCACCUUUUACCUCACUUGAUUCCCCAGGAAAAGCUGUCCGAGGACCACAGCAGCCCAUUUGGAAGCCCUUUCCUAAUGAAGACAGUGACUUAGUGGUACUAAGUGGUACAGACUCAGAACUGGAUAUACCUCGAGUAUGUGAAUUCUGUCAAACAGCUUUCCCACUAUCCAUCACGUCCAGGGGGGACUUCCUCCGGCAUCUUAAUUCACACUUUAAUGGGGAGACUUAAGACACAUUUGGAAAUAGACAUAUCAAGUUCUAUGUGAUGAUUUUGGGUUUGUAGUACUACAAAUACUUGAUUAUAAAUUAAAUUCAGGAUCAUUUAUAGAAAAAUCUAGUGUCACAGCUAUUUGAAUUUUUUUAAACUUAUUUUUGUAACUUUCUUUUUAUCUUUUAAGAGAUCAUUCUUUAUAAAACUAAUUCAAUGUAUUCAUGUUUACAGUGUUAUUAACAUAAUUAAAAAUUAUGUGUGUGACUUA